AUGUCAGGCCAGAUUUGCCAGUUUUUCCAGCGAGGAAACUGCAAAUACGGCGAUCGCUGCCGCAACGUCCAUUCCCAGUUUGGCUCCUCUGCCUUCGGAGGCGGUGGAGGGAUCUCCAAUUCCAACUCUUUCAGUGCGUUGAGCGGGAACAGUGGAAACAGCGCCUUUGGAGGUUCAGGAUUCGGAGGAUCGUCGUCAGGGGGUGGUGGAAACGCCUUUGGUCAGCGAGGAUUUGGAGGAGGCGGUGGAUUUGGAAACGCCAACAGCAACAAUAACAACAACAACUCUGCAUUUGGAUCUGGAGGUGCUGGUGGUGCUGGCGGUGCUGGCGGUGCAGCUGCGGCUCAAGGCGGUAAAAAACUUGCGUUCGAUGCAAAUUCGAUCGUGAACGACUUCAUGGUAGAGAGACCUGUCUAUGAAUUAUCGUCAUAUGGCCCAGGAAAGGAGGAGCCGAACUUGAUCAGGGGCAAGGAUAUGCAACCAGAGGAGCUUCGUCUGAUGUACUACGAGGCCAAGGACCAUAUAUUGACACAGUUCACAGGAGAUUAUGGAGGACUGGUCGCUGCAGCAACACAAUUGGGACAGGGGCCGGCAGGAAUGCAGACCGCGUUUAUUCAGAAGGAACAACAGCUCCGGGCGAGCGUGAAUGCUGAGAUCGAUACAUAUGUGAACAAUCGCACCGCUGGCUAUAACGCGUAUAUGAACGUUAUCCGUCCUGCGGCAAUGGGUGGCUCUGCAGCGGGUGGUACUGGAGCAGGUGGCGCCAGUGCAGGCGCAUUUGGAGGAGCUGGAUCUGGCACGGCAUCGGCUUUUGGCCAAAACUCGGCAUUCGGACAACCGUCAUCUUUUGGUCAGAGCUCUACUUUGGGUAGUGGAAGCGGAACUCAGGGAUCGGCAUUUGGUCAACCCUCAGCAUUUGGACAGCCCUCGGCAUUUGGCAGUGGUGGAGCUCAGACCUCUGCAUUCGGACAACCUUCGGCCUUUGGACAGAGCUCUACUUUGGGAGCAGGGGCGCAAAACUCUGCAUUCGGACAGACAUCGGCGUUUGGCGGAGCAGCAGGAGGAGCGACCGGACAGAGUGCGUUCGGGACAGGAGGAAACUCGUUCGCGAGUGCAGGCACGAACAGUGCCUUCGGUGCCCCUUCAACCACAGGUGCCUUUGGAAACCCUGCAGGUGGCGCCAGCUCAGCAUUCGGUCAGCCAUCAACAUUGGGAGGAGGCAGUAGCGCGUUUGGACAGCCCAGUGCAUUCGGGCAGCCUAGUGCGUUCGGACAAACACAGCAACCAUCUGCAUCAAGCGCCUUUGGUGGCGCGGGAGCAGCAGGAACUGGAGCAAGUGCAUUCGGACAGCCAUCAGCAUUUGGCAACAACGCCGCACCAACGAGCGGAGGCGCAAGUGCAUUUGGAGGAGGCGGUUCUGCAUUUGGAAGCGGAGGUGGCAGUGCAUUCGGAAGUGGAGCUAAUUCAGCCUUUGGCGGCGGUGUUCAGGCUGCCAGUCCCUUUGGACAGGCAGGAGGAGCAGGAGGCAGCGGGACGGCAUUUGGAGCUUCUGCACAACCAAGUUCCUUUGGCGGCAACGCCGGUGCCUUUGGAGGAGGAAACAGUAAUGCUGCUAGCGGAAGUAGCACGCCCACUGUCAAUGAAGGUGCCCGCGCGAUGGUUAACGCAGCGACGAUCAAAUUUUCUGCCAAAGGUGAACCACUCACCGAGGAUGAGAUUGCGGCCUUCAGGGCGCAGACUUUUGAGCUCAAGUGUGUUCCUGAGCAAGAGCCUCCCAUAGAGCUGCGGUGA